UCUGCUUUAGCCUCUCCGUUUAUGAGCUUAGAUCGAUAUCACCGAAGAAGUGUACGACAAAAUGAAGCUGCGAUUGAGACGCCACGAGACCAGAGAAACCCUGAAACUCGAAUUACCCGAUUCCAUCACUCUCCACGAUCUCCGCCAACGGAUCAACGAACCAUCCCCUUCCUCCGUUCAUCUCUCCCUUAACCGCAAAGACGAGCUCCUCGCUCCUUCUCCCGACCAUACCCUCCGAUCCCUCGGCGUAACAUCCGGUGACCUAAUCUACUACUCCCUCGUUCCCUCUGCUUUCGCUGCUUCCCUCGAGGAGAUCGCCUUAGCCUCGUCUUCAGAAGUUAAAUCGCAGAAUGAGAUGGGGAUCGGAUUCGCAGCAUCCGAUGUAGAUAUGCAUAUCCAAGAUCCGGGGGAAGCUUCGGGUCACGCCCCAGACCCGAUGGAUGUUGAGGAGCUUGAUGUGGAGCUCGCCGCCGCGGGUAGCAAGAGGUUGACCGAACCGUUCUUCUUGAAAAAGGUUUUACUUGAGAAGUCUGGUGAUACAAGCGAGUUGACUACUGUAGCUAUGUCUGUUCACGCCGUGAUGUUGGAAUCUGGAUUCGUUCUGUUUAACCCUGACUGCUCUGAUAACAAGUUUAGCUUCUCGAAGGAGUUGCUUACUGUGUCCCUUAAGUAUACUCUCCCUGAGUUAAUGACCAGCGACAAAGGGGUUGAGUCUGUGACUGUGAGGUUUCAGAGCUUAAGCGAUAAGGUUGUGGUCUACGGUUCUCUAGGUGGGAAGCUGCAAAGGUUGUAUCUUGAUAAGCGUAGGUUUGUGCCUGUGAUUGAUUUGGUUAUGGAUACUUUGAAGUCUGAUAAAGACGGCUCUUCGAGCAUCUACAAGGAGAUGUUCAUGUUCUGGAGGAUGGUGAAAGACGGUCUUGUUAUCCCUUUGUUGAUUGGUCUUUGCGAUAAGUCUGGUUUGGAGCUUCCUCCGUGCUUGAUGCGUUUGCCGACGGAGCUGAAGCUGAAGAUACUGGAGUCGCUUCCUGGGGCUAGCGUUGCGAAGAUGGCUUGCGUUUGUACGGAGAUUCGGUACCUGGCGACGGACAAUGACUUGUGGAAACAGAAGUGUUUGGAGGAAGCUAAGCAUCUGGUUGUGGAUGGAGAGGGUGAUUCGGUUAACUGGAAGGCCAAGUUUGCUGCGUUUUGGAGGCAGUACAAACGGCAGGUUUCGUCAUCAAGGCGAACCUUAAGGAACUUUGGCAUGGGUAGAAACCGCGUUCCUCCAUUUCCUCGGAUUCCAGACCCUGACCAUUUCGGAUGGAUUAAUGGGGGUGGCUUGCCUGGACCUGGACCAUUCAUUAUGCUCCCUGGACAACCGGCGGGACGACUUGGGGGACGAAGAUUGGGACGUAGUUUUAGUCCCAGAUGCAAUCUUGGAGGAAACAGCUACCAACAACAUGGUGAGUGAAUCGUAUGGAGGAUAGGUGAAGUAUAUGGCUUUCUGCAUCAGCAAAUAAAUGGCCUGGAUACUUGUUUAUAAGUUUUUAUCUAUAAAUAUUUCUUUUGUUUUGGAUGUUUUUUCUCUUUGUUCUUGCCAUGCUUAUGCUAUCUUAUAAUAAUAAUAUUGCAUCAUAUAUUUUGCUAUUGCUCUUAAUUUACAGAUGUCUUUAUGAUUCGAUUCA